AUGCCGACCACACAUCAGCAGGAGAUAGGCAGCUGCCUAUUUCUAGAGAAUCGUGUUGCCCUCGAAACCGAAGAUCCUCGAUUCAUACUUUUCCAGGAGGAUGGGGCGGGCACUGCCAGCAACGCGCCGGAACGACGAGUUUCCAAAAAAGGAGACGAACGUCCAGCAUCUACUAGACGACAAGAGCGGAGUUCCGAUUUGCCAGCCAUCACCCGGAACAAAAGUGCGACUGGACUGUCACAGGACGGUGUUCACCGCGCCCCCAACAAGGCCAGGCCUAACAGGAAUUCCGGCCAAGUGUUGUCCGUCAACGACAGUCUUGACGCCUUCGUGAAAGUCCGACCUGCCGGAAGUCCCUCCAGGAAGCCGCAUGAGACUUCACAAGCCCCGAACAGCAGCAAGCGUUUGGGCGAAAAUCCAUCGCAGCAAAAGGCCUCCGUGUGCCACCUGAUUGUGGCCAAUGUCAGUCACGAUGAGACCGGGGAAUGGUGGUGCCAGUCGGUCUACCAGAACUCGACGAUUGGAAGAAUGCGAGCGCAAGUCUUGAUUUUCGGUAAGAGUAUAUCGGUUGACCGAAAUCUGGGCAAGUAG